AUGGAUGCUUUCGGGGCCCAGCAGCAAGAUGAAGGCUAUUCCGAAGACCCUCUGAACCCGCCCGCUUCUGCCUCAUCUCUCAAACAUGGAUUUUCCGUCUUAGCAUCCCAAAGACCAGCCGCCGAGUUCCCGGAGUGGCUAAUGCGACACAUCACAGGCCUUUCCAUCCAAGAAAAGACCGAUCUCGCCAUGGCGCUGUUAAGCGACCUCCCAACAGGGCUCAUCGCACAGGUCGUCCAGCAACUUAACCCCCGCCUCUACAUCGACUUCAUUCGAUAUCUCCCGCCGGAGAUCUGCCUUAAGAUUCUCGGAUACCUCGACCCCGUCUCCCUGAUCCACGUUGCCCAGGCAUGUCGAACCUGGUACGAGCUUGCUAUAGACAGGAAGCUGUGGGAAAAGGCAUAUUAUCUUGAAGGAUGGAAGGCAAAGAAUGCAGAGAUCGAGCACUGGGAGGCGAAGGCCAACGAGGACUCCUCCUCGUCCAGCAUUAGGCGUCCACUCCGGACAUCGACGUCAGGAUCCGGUCGCACGCACAGGAAACGCGCUGCACCAACAUCUCCGGAGCUGGACGCCGAUCUCGACAUGGUCAUGUCCGAUAUAGGUGGUGCCUUCAAGCAGGAACCGGCCGAGAUGGAGAUGGGCGAGACGAGCAUCUUUGGAGGCGCCGCCGAGGUCGCUCCAAAGACGGGUAUGACACAGCACCUAGGGGAGCUGGACAUGAACGGCUAUUCCUCGAGUGCGCAACGCAAGGGCAAGGGCGUCGAUAAGGGGAAGGCAAAGGCGGACCCCGCGCCCGAGAUUGACCACAACGAGUACCUACUCGGCGUCCCGAAAUCGACCCUGUGGAUGUGGGAUGUUGCCGACGGCAAAUACAAGGUCAACUGGAAAUAUCUUUACACCAUGAGACGGCGCCUCGAGUCGAACUGGGAGCUGGGCAAGUUCACCAACUUCCAGCUGCCUCACCCGGACUUCCCCGAGGAGGGCCACGGGGAAUGCAUAUACAGCCUGCAGUACAACUCACAGUACCUCGUGAGCGGUAGCCGAGACCGGACGCUCCGGGUAUGGAACAUCCACACGCGACGCCUAGUGCGGCCCCCACUGGCCGCACACCAUGGUUCCGUUCUCUGCCUGCAGUUCGACUCGGAUCCCGACGAGGACCUCAUCGUCUCGGGCAGCUCGGAUUCGAGCGUCAUCCUCUGGCGAUUUUCAACCGGCGAGGUGAUUCAACGACUUCGUCAGGCACACCGCGAGUCCGUCCUCAAUGUCAAAUUUGACAAGCGCAUCCUCGUCACCUGCUCCAAGGACAAGACCAUCAAGAUAUUCAACCGCAGGCCGCUGCGUUUCGGCGACCUAGGCUACCAAGGGGUGGAUCCGGUCCCGCGAAACGUCAAGAACUACGCCUAUGAGCUGCCCAUGGACCAGCUCCCCGUCAUCCCGCCCUACACCAUGAUCGGCUCUCUAGAAGGCCACGGCGCCGCCGUCAACGCCGUGCAGAUUCACGACAGAGAGGUUGUCUCGGCGAGCGGCGAUCGGCACAUCAAGGUGUGGGACUGGCCCAGCCAGGUGUGCACGCGGACGUUCGUUGGGCACAGCAAGGGGAUUGCCUGCGUUCAGUACGACGGCCGCCGUAUCGUGAGCGGUAGCAGCGACAACGAGGUCAAGGUCUUCGACCGACAUACCGGCCUGGAGGUAGCCAGCCUCCGCUCGCAUUCUAACCUGGUGCGGACGGUGCAGGCCGGCUUCGGGGAUCUGCCCUACAGCGUUGACGAGGAUGCUGCCGAGGCCAGGAGAGUUGAUGCCGAGUACUUCAAAGCCCUGGAAGCCGGGCAGCUGGACGAUCUGGUGCGGGGACGGCAUGCGCGCCGGCAGGGGAAUGCCGGGUCAACGAGACCAGAGGAUAUUGCUGCCUACGGGGCGAAGCUGCCUCCGGGCGGCGGUGGAGGCAAGUAUGGCAGGAUUGUCAGUGGCAGCUAUGAUACGAGCAUCAUCAUCUGGCGGAGGGACAAGGAAGGCAUCUGGAAGGACCAGCAUCGUCUAAAGCAGGAGGAGGCCGCGGCGGCUGCUCUACGGCAAGGGCGAACCCCACAGCCCGCGAAUGCCACGGCUACUGCGACUCUCACCACCACCGCCGCCGGCCCCAUCCCUCUGCAUCCUUCGAUGCUAGCGCCUGUCCGGCAGCCAGUCGGUCCACCAACAAGCACCGCUGCGGGACAAUCGUCGGCGGGACCCGCGCUAGCAGCGGCCGCGGCAGCGGGCCCCAGCACAGCUUCUGGAAGGCCAGCAACACCACCGAACCAGCCCGGCUUCUCGAUCACGCAGGUCGAGUCGCCCAUCUUUGCCACCUUGACACCGUCAUCCAUCGCGUCGUACCGGCAGAUGAUCGAUAUCGCCGUUCCCCAAGGCCCCCAGGCCCUCGCCCAAGCGCUGGCGUCCUAUCCGACAAUGCUGACGCAGCGGGGUCAUCUCCAGGCGGCCAUCGACCGAGAGGCGAGUCCCUUCGUCAAGAGCCAGCUAAGACAGGCCGUCAACACGGCGCUCUUCAGGACCCAGUUUGAGCAGGCAAGGCAACGGAGAGAUGCGGUGCGCAACCUCGAGAGGCAACAACAACAGACCGCCGCCGGCCAAGCUCUUGCUGACAGAGACGGCGGACAGGCCUCGUCGAGUGCGGAUCAAGCGCAGAUUCAGCAAGCCACAGCCACAGCCACAGCUGGGUCCUCCAAUACCAACACCGGCCAGGAUACGAACGCCACGGCAGCUGCUCAACCCACAACAGCUUCCCAGGCCAUGUUCCAUGCCCCCGGGGCCGGGGUACAUCUGCAUCAGCUACAAUUCGACGCCCGGCGCAUCAUCUGCUGCAGCCAGACGAGCGUCAUCGUCGGCUGGGACUUUUGCAACGGCGACCCGGAGCUCGAGGAGGCAAGCCGGUUUUUCGCGGCGGUGCAGUAG